AUUCAGUCCAAUGAGAGUCGCUCUUCGAUUCGUCGCGAUCGUCACGGAUCUCUCGUCCGUCGAUCUUCAGGGUACCACUUCGUCUCUACCUUCUUCCUUCCGCGAUCGAUCGACGUAUUUGGUUUUUUUUCGCGAGCAGUCGUCAUCGCGGUUCCACGACGUUCGGUCUCUCGCGAUUCGUCCGCUUUGAAUCCGAGGAACCGGUCCCAAAAAUCGUCCGGAUACGACGAGGAGAAAGUGUGGCCGACCAAGUGCGAUAAAGCGACAAAGUGAGUGGAUCUACGAGGACGGAUGAGAGAUUUGGAAUUUCUCCGUGAAAAUUUCGCUUCUACGACGAAAAGGAUACCACGGUUCGCGGAGAGAAUAUGUUUCGUAGCAGUCGCAACGCGAACCGGUUGCGCGUGCUUAAAAUAGUUCCCCGCGCAUAGGUUACCGCUCUCUACCCGCUGCUCGCUCCUUGGAACACGUCGCAGGAGUGCCGCCAGAACACGAUGACGGGUUGGAGCAGUACGCUGAUCGCUAUUGUUGGAAUCUUGGUCGCGACGGUGAUAACGAGAGAUUCGGAAGCCUGCAACGAGGCGAUUUGCGCCAGCGUCGUGAGCAAGUGUAUGCUCACGCAGAGCUGCAAGUGCGACCUCGUUACCUGUACCUGUUGCAAGGAAUGCUUCUCUUGUCUCAGUUAUCUCUACGACGAGUGCUGCUCGUGCGUAGAUCUCUGCCCGAAACCAAACAUCACGGACAAUCCUUUGAGCAAGAAAUCUCACGUGGAAGAUUUCAGCGAACCGGUCCCAGGUUUGUUCCAAGCGUUGACCUCUGAACCGGAUCCGCACGAACGGUGGCUCACAUUCACGUUUCCGGUAGACUUCGACAUAUCCCUGUUCACACCGAAACCCGAGAAAGAGAUGAAAUAUCAUAUCCAGACUACCGAAGAAGAGGUGCACCCGUUGAAACCGAACGUAAUGACGGUAAACUGUACCGUUGCGUUCAUGGCACAGUGCAACUCGUGGAACAAAUGUCGGGCGUCUUGCCAAAGCAUGGGCGCUACCAGUUACAGAUGGUUCCACGAUGGUUGCUGCGAGUGCAUAGGGGACACAUGUAUCAAUUACGGAAUCAACGAAUCGAGAUGCAUACACUGUCCGUUGGACAAGGAAGAGGACGAUCUAAAGGAUCAGUACGACGACUACGGUCAGGACGAAGACGAUCUGACUGAGGAUGAGAUCGACUAAUCGUGGUUCUUCGACAGUGCGCAUUCCCGGUGAUGAUACGUUCACGAAACGGAUUUUAGAUAAAUUUCCGCGCGUUUCUCAAGUUUUUUGUUACGUGCUGUCACGAUCGACGACCGUUUCACUCUUUCGAAACGUGGAUACAUAUUUUGAACGAUGGACUCGUGUUCCCUUGAAAAGGGAUUUUAAUAUUUUCGUCAGAAAGUGUAAUUUAGAUGAACAGAGAAAACGGUCUGUAAAGGCUUAAAGCCUACUUGGACCGUAGCCGUCCAGAUUUUUGAAUAACCAGAUAUACAGCGAAUCGACGGAGAAACCUGAACGACCCUUUCGAACUGACUGGGCGCGUAGCGUGACUCCAGCGGCUUAGCGCGUUAGUCAUCGCUCGUUUUUAUCUGUUAAAUAUGUAUGUAAGUAGCCCUACAGUGUCAAUGUUUUGUUUUGUGCCAUAUGAUUGUACAUGUACUAAAAAGAAUCAUUCGUAAUGCGACUGACGUACACAAAAUGCAUUGUCCUCUUCGCGUUAUUCAAUUGUACGUACGUUGUUGGAAAUGUUAAUCCUUUGCGAUCCGAGCGUGCCUUCUCUCAACAACUUCUGAAAAUAAUUCCGAACUUUGAAAGUUUUAAGAUGGGUUUCUUACAACUUUUUAACUCUAUACCAUUUUCCAUUUCAAAUGUUUCUUGCGAUAUUUGAUGAAUUGCU